UUGUUCUCAAACUGAAUCAAAUUGGCCUCAGAUUGCAGCUUAAAAGAUUUACUCUCUUUUUUUUUUUGUAUCAUUAGGAGGUCCAAAGCUUUUUCUUAUAUAGUUUUUCACCAACUAGGCUUGUUGACAUUUUUAUAACUUUUUGGUUUUAAUGAAUUAUUAUAUGAUCUCAUAUUUGAGUCUUAGUAGAAACCUCAAUUUUGUAGGUUUGAGUAUGGGAUUUGGGAGUUGAUCGAAUUAAAUUUAGGGCCUCAUGAGUUAUGUCUGGAACCAUUAUUUAUAUCUGGGCCCACUUUAAAUCUCCUGGAAAAAGACCAUAAAAGAAGAGAAGGAAAUAGAAUUCGAUAUAAGACGACAUCCCAAUUAAGGGCCAACCGUUCUCAGACUGGAGCCGCAAUGGCCACAGCCAUGUCGAUAGCGUACCAUAAACCCCCUUCUUCUUCUUCUUCUUCUUCUUCUUCUUCACCAUGGUCAUCAUCACUAAUUCCUGCACCACGUGGUGGCUCCUCCUCUGCUUCUUCGGCGGCGUCGCCUACCAGGCGUGAGGAGCGGCGGAACUUGCCCUCGGCGGCGGCGGCGUUGGUUGCGGGCGGAACCGCAGCCCUCGUCAUGGCGGCGUCGGCGCAGGCGCUGCCGGUCGACGCUCCCGUCUUGGCGCUUGCCGCCCUCCGAGAGCCUGAGAACGCGCUCUCGUUGCCCACCUGGGCCGUCCACGUCUCCAGCGUCAUUGAAUGGGUCAUCGCGAUGGUGUUGGUGUGGCAGUACGGGGAGAAAUCCGGUUUCCAGACCUGGAAAGGUCUCACCUGGGGAAUGGUUCCACUUCUUGGAGGAGCACUUUGUGCAUGCACAUGGCAUUUCUUUUAUAAUGCAGAGUCCCUUGAGAUACUGGUGGCUCUUCAAGCUGCAUUGACAGUUCUUGGCAACAUGACAAUGUGUUUUGCUGCAUUCCGAAUAUAUAAAGCAUCUCAAGAAGGCUCAAAAAGCUCCUAAGUAUUAUUACUCCAUGAUCGAAUGAAAGGUAACAUAUUGUUAUUUCCUUUGUCGAUAUGCCACAGAGACUCUCUCUACUCCUUCCCAAUGAAGAAGGCCUGUUUGUAAGUGUAUUAUGCCACAUGUUUCUCAAAACUCAGGCUAGCAAAAGAAAAAAAAAACCAUUUAUAAUUCA